GGAACGGUCACGUGAUUGACGUCGCCCAGGUUGUGUAGCUCGCGCAUCCUGGUGUUAGCCGUUAGCCCUCCGCUAGCCAUCAGCUGACAACACUCACGGAUGUAAAUAUUUAUGUGACGGCCGAGUAAUGAGUGUGUUCCCGCGUAGACGAGGAGGAGACGCAAACGGCCUGAGCUGUUUGUUCACCACGGUCUGAUUUCUGGACAGAAAGUCAGUGAACAAGCCCAACUAAACAUUAGCCGAAGCUAACGUUCAAAGUUUGACGACAAGCAGCCAAGCUAGCUGCUGGUGUACCUUUCCUACUACUGCAGCGAUUAGCUAGACAGCACGGCUGUUACUGUAGCGCUAGUGCUAACCCAGUAGCAGUGUUCGGCUAACUAGUACUAACUACCACUGCGUUAAUGUGUGAAACAAACGGAAACAUCGUCAUUUGUCAGACACAGGAGUCGAAAUGGAAGAAUGAUUGAGGUUACUGAUGAGCAGCUAAUGCUAAUGUUAGCCAUUUAAACUUCAACGAACAGGCACAGAGUUUGUUUUUGUCAUUCUUUGUCGUUUCCACGGGUGGAAACGAGUCCGUGAACAUGUCUGUGUUGUGUUUGACUUGGACCACUCGCAGGAAGUAAAUAAUGCCAAAGAACAGGAUGUCAAAGGACCGGGGAUCAGAGUGUUGUGUGGAGAACACAUCUGUCCCAUCUGCCCCAUAGUCCUGCUCCAGUUCCUUAUGAAGCAGCUGCACUGACCACACACGGACCUGUGGGGCGUUCACGGACCAGCACAGGGCUGCUCACACACUUUCAGAUCGGCUGCGUACUUGACUGGUGUUGAAGUUAUGUCUGGGGACGCGUCUGAAUACAGCGAUGACUCGGAUUCACAAAGCAAUGAAAAACCCUGCACCGUCAAGCAUCAGAUCACCAACGCCAACCUCACAGGACACACGGAGCGGGUGGGCAUGGAGAACUUUGAACUGCUCAAAGUGUUGGGGACCGGAGCUUAUGGAAAAGUGUUCCUGGUGCGGAAGAACAGCGGUCAUGAUGCCGGUCAGCUUUAUGCCAUGAAGGUGCUGAAGAAGGCGGCUAUCGUCCAGAAGGCCAAGACCACCGAACACACCCGCACUGAGCGGCAGGUUCUGGAGCACAUCCGACAGUCGCCUUUCCUGGUGACGCUGCACUACGCCUUCCAGACCCACAGCAAACUACACCUGAUCCUGGACUAUGUCAGUGGAGGUGAGAUGUUCACUCAUCUUUAUCAGCGUGACCACUUUCCAGAGGAGGCGGUUCGCAUUUACAUCGGGGAAAUAAUCCUGGCACUGGAGCAUCUGCACAAGCUAGGGAUCGUCUACAGAGACAUCAAGUUGGAAAACAUCCUUCUGGAUAGUGAAGGACAUGUGGUGUUGACUGACUUCGGCCUCAGUAAAGAGUUUUUGGAAGAAGAGAAGGACAGGACCUACUCCUUCUGUGGGACCAUCGAGUACAUGGCACCGGAGAUCAUCAGAGGGAAAACAGGCCAUGGCAAGUGUGUAGAUUGGUGGAGUCUGGGCAUCCUGAUGUUUGAGCUGCUGACCGGAGCGUCUCCUUUCACCCUGGAGGGGGAGAGGAACUCCCAGAGUGAGGUGUCCAAGCGUAUUCUGCGCUGUGACCCCCCCUUCCCCUCCAUGAUUGGACCCACAGCUCAGGACCUGCUGAGGAGACUGCUGGUCAAAGACCCCCAUAAGAGGCUGGGCCACGGACCAGGGGGGGCACAAGACAUCAAAGGACACCCCUUCUUUAAGGGGCUGAACUGGGCCGAUCUGGCACAAAAGAAGUUACCUAGUCCCUUCAAACCGGAGCUGAAGAGUGAACUGGACGUAGGGAACUUCGCAGAGGAGUUCACAGGGAUGGACCCGGUCUACUCCCCCGCCAGUACCCCCCCCAGCACAGACCGCCUGUUCCAGGGCUACUCCUUCGUCGCUCCGUCCAUCCUCUUCAAUAAGAACGCGGUGAUGGGAGCCUUCGUAGAAUCCCAGGUCGGUGCUGAUCGACCCGGUUCAGACUCAGUGCAGCGGAGCGCCAUGUUACAGGAGUCCCAGUUUUUUCAGAACUAUGAGUUGUGCCUCCAGGGGGCGCCGUUGGGUGAGGGCAGUUUCUCUGUGUGCAGGAGGUGCAGACACAAGCAGAGUGGGUUGGACUACGCUGUGAAGAUAGUCAGCCGCAGGAUGGAGGUCAACACCCAGAGGGAGGUCGCUGCUCUGAGACAGUGUGAAUCCCACCCCAACAUCGUCAAACUGCAUGAGGUCUACACGGAUCAGUACCACACCUACCUGGUCAUGGAGCUGCUGCAGGGCGGGGAGCUGCUGGAAAGGAUCAAGAAGAAGAAGCUGUUUGGUGAAGCCGAGGCCAGUCAGCUGUUACAGAGUCUGGUGUCGGCCGUCAGCUUCAUGCACGAGGCCGGAGUCGUGCACCGAGACCUCAAACCGGAGAACGUUCUCUUUGCCGACGACUCGGACGACUCGGUGCUGAAGGUCAUAGACUUCGGGUUUGCCCGAUUGUGUCCGGCCGGCUCCGCCCCCCUGCAGACGCCCUGCUUCACGCUGCAGUACGCUGCACCCGAACUGUUCGAGAGCGCCGGAUACGACAAAGCCUGCGACCUCUGGAGUCUGGGCGUCAUCCUGUACACCAUGCUGUCGGGGCAGGUCCCCUUUCAGAGCGACCAGCGAGGGAUGACAUCAUCAUACGCCGCCGACAUCAUGCAGAAGAUUAAAGAAGGAGACUUCUCAUUGGAUGGAGAAGCAUGGAAGGGUGUGUCCGAAGACGCCAAGGAGCUGGUCAAAGGUCUUCUGACUGUGGAUCCUGAACGUCGUCUCAAACUGUCGGACCUGAAGGAGAACCGGUGGCUGGUGGGCGGAGCCUCCAUGUCCACCACCCCUCUGUGCACUCCGGACGUGUUGGAGUCCAGUGGGACCACCGUCCGCACCUACGUCAACGCCACAUAUAAGGCCUUCAACCGUGGGAAAAGAGAAGGCUUCUUCCUGAAAAGUGUGGACAACGCCCCCCUGGCCAAACGACGCAAGUUGAAGAUGACCAGUACGGGGGUGGAGACCCGCUGGAGCUCCUCCUCCUCCUCCUCCUCCUCCUCCUCUUCCUCUGCCUCUGCGACAGCGUCCAAGUCCCAGCCAAAGCCGACGAUGGCGCCGAAGCAGAGCUAACCCCACCUCCGACCAAAAGACUGCCCACAGUCCAGUCCUACUGAGAGUCCAGGUCCAGACCCCAGUAGACCAGUCCCACUGUUAGUCCAGGUCCAGACCCCAGUAGACCAGUCCCACUGUUAGUCCAGGUCCAGACCCCAGUAGACCAGUCCCACUGUUAGUCCAGGUCCAGACCCCAGUAGACCAGUCCCACUGUUAGUCCAGGUCCAUACCCCAGUAGACCAGUCCCACGGUUAGUCCAGGUCCAGACCCCAGUAGACCAGUCCCACUGUUAGUCCAGGUCCAGACCCCAGUAGACCAGUCCCACUGUUAGUCCAGGUCCAGACCCCAGUAGACCAGUCCCACUGUUAGUUCAGGUCCAGACCCCAGUAGACCAGUCCCACGGUUAGUCCAGGUCCAGACCCCAGUAGACCAGUCCCACUGUUAGUCCAUGUCCAGACCCCAGUAGACCAGUCCCUGUUUACUAAUGUGAGGCCUUCACUGACCCAGAGGAUCAGCGACAAAAGGGAAACGGAGCCAUAUAUGAGCACAAGCCAUACCCAGGUCUGUUAGGACAAGGAGGACUGGACCCAGAGACCAGGACCAGACCCAGAAACACAGACCAGACCUAGAGACACAGACCGGACCCAGAGACCGGGACUGGACCCAGAAACCAGGACCAUUGUGUUGCCAUGGUGACAUAAACAGUCCUUUGAGCAUUUCCAUGGUUACUGCUGUGAGUCCUGAAGGUCCAGACUGUGUUAUGGGGGUCCGGUCCAGACUCACCUGGACGUCAGUUGUUUAUGUUUAGAGAAUGUAAAUCUAAGUGACAUAUCACACACAUCUGAGAAAACCACUACAGACACUGAGGACCCUAACCAGGACCCCAACAGGAUCCGCCAGGACCCCAACCAGGACCCUAACCAGGACCCCAGCCAGGACCCCAACCAGGACCCCAGCCAGGACCCCAACCAGGACCCCAACAGGAUCCACCAGGACCCCAACCAGGACCCCAACCAGGACCCCAACCAGGACCCCAGCCAGGACCCUAACCAGGACCCCAGCCAGGACCCUAAUCAGGACCCCAACCAGGACCCCAGCCAGGACCCCACCAGGACCCCAAUCAGGACCCCACCAAGGCCCACCAUGGUGUUUGUGGGAGGGUUGAUGGGGGGGUGGGGGGAGGCAUUUGGUCCUAGGGGUUGUCCUUGGUUUUUGGAUUCAUGCUGGUCUGGCUCUGGGUGGGAGGUCUGGGUCUGGUGACUGGGGCGGUGGGGGUGGCCGGUACUCUUUCACCCUCAUCCCAGUGUUUGCUGAUGGUGGGGGUGGGGCUGGGGCUGGGGGGCGGGGUCACAGGUCUGUGCAUCAGCUCUGUCCACUUCAGUAUUUUCUCUGAAACAGUUCAGUAUCAGAUGUGGAUUCAGACCCACAAGGACUGUGGAAUCAGAUUAGAAUGAUUAUUAUUAAUACUAUUAUUAUUAUUGUUAUUAUUAUUAUUAUUGGUAUAAUUCUUAUUAUUCUGACACACUGAGCCUUUUCUGAGCUUUAUCGAUCAGUACAUGUCUGUGGAACCGUCUGAAUGGAACCUGAUCUAAUUGUGUUUUUAUUGAUUUUUGGACUCUGUUGUCUGAUCAGUUCAGCACAUUUCAGCUUUAAGGUGCUUUCUUAUAUUUCUUGUGUGUCAGUGCUUGUGAUGGGUUUGUGGUCACUGGGCUGUGGUUGCUGUGUAGUUGUGCAGUUGUGUAGUUGUGCAGUUGUGUAGUUGUGAGUGUGGGCAGUGCAGGGACAUGAUUGAACCCAUGUUUUUAAUAACAUUCAGACGGUUUGUUUGUCUGUAACGCUAUCAUUCACCUCCAUGUUCCUCUGAGUUUAUGGUCUGUUUCACAGCUCGGACUCUGAAAUUCACUUUGUGCUUUUGUUGGGGUUGAUAUUUUGGGGUUGAUAUUUUGGGGUUGAUAUUUUGGGGUUGAUAUUUCUUUUGUUGUAGUAAAUGACAUGUUUCUCUUUCUCUUCUGUUGAACAUUAGUAUUUUACUGGGAUGCGCUGUCACUCAUGUCUGAACUGGGAAUAAUGGGAGGUUUGCACCAGGACAAAUAAACCGGACUUUGAACCGUGA